GGCAGUCAGAAAUGGCAAUCAAAAAGUUCGAAAUGCGAGCGCUUUUACCGCCGCUCACUACUCGCCAAGUACUGUACCUCCUGCUAAUGCACUCUCUUGGUGCCGGUAUUCUAGACGCUGGUAUCAACUUUGUUAUCGCAUACUUCAUGUAUCGGGACCAGCCAACCUACCUGUGGAAACUGCCAAAUACGAUUGCGGGUGACGCCGCGGUGACAGUACUCAUACAAGUAACUCUUACAUGGAUCAUUGACGGUGGUCUGGUUCACAAUGACGUACGGAAGGGAGUAACCCAACCUAUCAUAACAAGUCACAACGAGGACACGUCAUCAAAAUGGACGUUGCCGCGAAGAGGUUUUCUAGGAUGGCUGUGUGCCAGCUCUCUUGACAUAUUUGCCGCGGGUCUGCCCUUUACAGAGAGGAUGCGUCGAUUAGGAAACGCAGCAGUGCGAGGCUUUGUUGUCUCCAUUUGUGUACUGCCGAUUUUUUGGGGGAUCGGCAUUGGGCUUGCAUGUGCGACGUGGACGGGCCUGGCAUCCGGCGACCAAGUUAGCGGCUGGCCGGGUCCACAGAUUUUCAAAGCGGUGUAUGCAUUUGUUCUAGGUGCUUUUACCACACCGUUAAGUUCCAUUGUGGGCAUGGCACAAGCUGGAGAUCUCGGAUCUGAAAUUGAUGAAGCCUCGUCGGACACGACUUUGGAGAAUCUUCAAUCCGCAUCUGAUCUUGUGGCUGGACAGCCAAAGUCGGAUCAGCUCCGCUCAACGUCGCCCAGCAACGCUCCUGGACCACCUGUUGGAGAGGGAACUGUAUGAAUAUCUGAUCAUAUAUUUUGUACUUAUAUAUAUUUGUAAAUAGCAGAUAUUGGGUGGUGUAUUGGGCAUAAACAGGCGGCUAUCGCUAAAGCCUUGAUAACUAGACCGCUUUGUCAAAG